GGCCGAGGAGCCGUUGGGGUCCGGGCCAGGCCCGGCCGCCGCCGCCGCCGCCAUGCUGGCGCUCAUCUCCCGCCUGCUCGACUGGUUCCGCUCGCUCUUCUGGAAGGAGGAGAUGGAGCUCACGCUCGUGGGGCUGCAGUACUCGGGCAAGACCACCUUCGUCAAUGUCAUCGCGUCGGGUCAGUUCAGCGAAGACAUGAUUCCCACGGUCGGCUUCAACAUGAGGAAGGUCACCAAGGGCAACGUCACGAUAAAGAUCUGGGACAUAGGAGGCCAGCCCCGCUUCCGGAGCAUGUGGGAACGGUACUGCAGAGGAGUCAAUGCCAUUGUUUACAUGAUAGAUGCUGCAGAUCGUGAGAAGAUAGAAGCUUCUCGAAAUGAGCUCCAUAACCUUCUAGAUAAGCCUCAGUUACAAGGAAUUCCAGUGCUAGUCCUUGGAAACAAGAGAGAUCUUCCUAAUGCCUUGGACGAGAAACAGCUCAUCGAAAAAAUGAAUCUGUCCGCUAUUCAGGAUAGAGAAAUUUGCUGCUAUUCAAUUUCUUGCAAAGAAAAGGAUAAUAUAGAUAUCACACUUCAGUGGCUUAUUCAACAUUCAAAAUCUAGAAGAAGCUGAAGCGCCUCCUGAAGUCUUCCAGUCCUUCCUGGCUUUCCUCCUAGAAUUAUUGUCCGUUCCGCUCAAGUACUUCCCAGAAUACGGUCCUUCCUAAACCCAAGAAAUUGCCUUUUCCAGAAUUUAUUUCUCAUGUGCACUGCUGAAGACACGCGUCCCUAACCCUUCACCAAGAAUCAGCCGCAGCGGCAUGGUAGUCAGCACCUCGAAAAGGCUCCUUUCACGUAUUUGUCUCAAACAGCGUGUAGAGCUUUUUUAAAAUACACACCUGACCAUCUUAAAUCAAGAAAAUUGCAUAUUUCUGUUCUGGUCUUUCUGGGCCAGAUUUUUAUAUCGGUUUUCAGUACACGUGUCUCCAGUGUUCCAGCGUAGAGUCCAGUAGCUUCAUCCUGACGCUGACGAGGCAGCAUGAAUUUCUAGUGCCACACACAGUAUUUAGAAACCUUUAGCCUGACUCACGUGGGAUAUAAAUAUAAUGUUUAUUUAUCUCACAAAUGCAUGUGAAAUGUCUAAUUACACCUUAGGGACUGGAGCGCAGUCUGCAAGGCGUGGGCGCAGGCCCCAGAUCUGCCCUGUCGCUCCUGCGGGGCUGGGCAGCUCUGCUCUGAGGCUGCUCCCCAGAGCGCGCGCGAGGGGUCGGCACGCUGUUUCGUAUCUGUCCAGAUCAUUCUCUCUUUUCUCUUUUUUUUCUGGUUCAGCACUCUUUUCUAAGGGGUUGGGAAUCGCACAUUUUCUCAAAAGCUUUCGUGGAUUCCGAGCAUUCCAGCCUGUAUAAUAAAACCUGUUCUGAACUCCGCUUGUCCUUGCUCUCCAGUCACCGCCCGGGGCUCCACCUGACACUCUACCCGGACUUUUUAUAUCCGUUGGAAAGUUGACUUUCAGCACAAUAGACACUUACAAACAAAUGAAAAUUCUUAUUUUUCUCUCCUGUCGAUGUCAGUGGCACUUUUUUGGUCUGGUGCCGUGAGAUACCAUGAUUCUUGGGACCCUGCUUUACCUAAUGUCGCCCCUAAUGUCGCCCUGCGCAGUGCCCGUAGGGAGGCCAGGGACUGAGGCCGCGGGUCUGCGGCUGCGCUGCCAGGCUCCAGGCACCGAGGGGGCUCACGGGAGUGGCUGGCUAGUGUGGCAACCUCUGCUGGAGGGGGACCCGCGGGUGCCAGCUGGGUGACCCGACAGCCCGCGCAGUGGCCCAGCCCCUGGGUGAGCAGCGCUCCUUAGAGGGUGCACCAGCUCCCAGACCGCGCCACGGCCUUAACCCUGCUCUGUGCGAGAUGCCCAGCUGUGUAAGGACUCCACCUGCUCCUCCCCAGUCGCUCCCGGGAGUAGAGCCGCGGCCUGGGAAUGGGUUCUGUCCUUCCUGGGAAGCCUGUGGCGCGCUCCCUGCUGGGAGGCUGGCCUGUGGUGGAGGGGCAGGGGGAGUGCAGCCGGGGGCUUCGCUGGGCCCAGUGAACCUUCUGUCCGCUCGUUGCUUCCAGCACCUGCAGACACCCACACACUACUGCCCCCGGCGCCGGCGCAUUAACCAGCCUCUGCAUGUGAAACCUGACAGUUACUGAACUUUGUAAAUACGUGAAGUUUUUUAUUUAGAUGGAUGCAUUUUUGUCUGUUUACUGCUCUUCUCAGCUUUAUUCAAUAAACUUGCAUUUUGAGGGUUGUAUCGACAAUUUUAACUUAAAAUGUGCAUCAUGAGGGAAGGUGCUGACUUGGGAAGGGGAUGGAAGAAGGUCUCUCUGAGCAGGCGCCGUAGACUGCGCUGGAAAGAAAUCAGCUCAGCUCUCGAAGAAUUGGGUCUGUGGGCUAGUUAAGAUAGAAAUAAACUUUUAAAAUAUCAAGAAUUGACACUGUGGUUUUUUUUUU